AUGCAACCCAGUGAAUUGUCAACAGGCUCUCUCCUUAGCGCCACAUCCAACUCCCGAAAUCCCCCAAGUGAAAACAUGAUGGCAGAUAAUGGUGUGGAUCUCACGACUGAGGAAAGCCAGGUCUCUACGACCAUUUCGUGGCAUGAACCUCAUCCAAUCUUCGUUAUCAUCCUGAUUGGCAAAGAUGAGACACCCUAUGGAAUUCAGAAAGAUCUCCUGUGUGCUCAAUCUCCCUAUUAUCGUGAAAUUUUCGCAGAACAAGGUGAAAUCAACAAGGUGGAGCAUAUUGUUAAGCUACCAGAUACGGACGUCGAGAUCUUUGGUUGUUUCCAGAACUUCAUUUAUACCGGCUAUGUGUAUGAUCGUCGCGGCGGAAGAGAAAUUCCCGAUUAUCCACUUCUGAUGGGUGUCUGGAAAUUGGCAAUGCAAUUGAAGAUGGCUCCUUUGCGAACCGCCGUUUUAGAUGUCAUGGCUGAGCGGCGCCGGCUGACGAGUGCUAUCCCUGGAACGACACUUUUAAAGCAAGCUUGGGAGGAGACUGAAGAGGGUAGUGGGCUGCGUAAGAUGCUUAUUGGGUGGGCUGCAGAGCACAUGCGGUCCUCCCCUGAUGUCCGAAACGCCUUCGCCAAGUCCCUCCCCCAAGAAAUCCUCAGCGAGCUGGUAAUCGUUAUGAGUGAUCUUCCUGCCAGCCCGACAUACACGCCGCAAUCCAAGAAACACCCGCUUCCCCACCAACCCAACGAGCUCGACGCCCUUGACCGCCUGCACCAGCCAUCUCCCAAACGUGCCCGCAAAUCUGAAAUAGGCACCACUAUCGGGAGAACAGAUGACGACUUCGAGCUCAAGUCUAACAUGCGAAAGGGCCCUCGUAAAUCCGAAUCUGCCAACAUCAGCGGUAGCCGUAAGCCCAAAGGCCGAAUCCCUCCGCAAAACCAAAAUCCUGCUAGUUCAUCCAACACCGCUCAACCAGCACAAAUAGACGCUGACCACGAUCUCCUCUACUGCCGCGACCUAAUCGGACGCAUGCUUUCCGGGCCCGGUUUCUGGACUCGCCUAGUAGGGCCCUUCAAAGAGCCCGUCGACCCAAUUACCCACCAUGCUCCGAACUACUUCGACGUAGUCAAGCGACCAAUCGAUUUGAAAACCAUCAAAGCCAAGAUGGAUAGGGGGGAGUAUAAGAGUAGUGCUGAGUUUGAGGCCGAUAUUAGGCUGAUUUUCCAGAAUUGUUAUGAGUAUUGGACGCCCGAGGAUCAGGUGUUUAGGGACUGCGAAACACUGGAGAGGUAUUUUAAUGAGAAGUGGGCUCAGAGGCAUAAGUGGAUGCCGCCUAAUGUCAAGAUGGAGGAUGCUAGCUUUGCAGAAAUCAUGUCGAGGAAACAGGAGUUACAACGGUUCACUACAUUUCGCGCACUGGAAGCCCCCACCUUUUGUUUUGCCUGGUAG